GUGCCAGGGCAGAAGGACUCCGCCUGAGAAACCCGAUUCGAGGCCUUCACGGGCGGUUGUCCAGUUGAGGGGUUCUUCCGCUGUGGCUCCCAAAUUUUGCUUCCGAGGCUGGCCUAGCUGAGGGCUCAGCGAGCCCGGCCCCACCCUCCAGAACCCCCCAACCGGAGUCUCAUUCUUUUUCCUGCGAAACACCCGAUGCUGCCUGAGGCUUGGACCCAACCUGAGGGACCACAUCUGAGAAAACCCUGCCUGUGUCUGCAGUAUCCGCUUGAAUUCCUCAGGUUGUUCAGGAAUGGAGAAUCUCCAGCAGUGUUAAAUAUAUUACCAUCAACUUAGGAGAUGGCUGCUUUGCAAAGGAAAGGGCUUCAGGCAAGGAUUCUCAGCUCUGAAGAAGAGGAGAAACUGACAAGAGACCAAGCUUUAGUGUCUGAUUUUAAACAGCAAAAACUGGAAAAAGAGGCUCAGAAGAACUGGGACCGUUUUUACAAAAGACAUAGCACUAAUUUCUUCAAAGAUAGACACUGGACCACCAGAGAGUUUGAGGAGCUCAGAUCAUGUAGAGAGUUUGAAGAUCAAAAAUUGACCAUGCUUGAAGCUGGCUGUGGAGUUGGGAACUGUUUAUUCCCGCUUUUAGAAGAUCCGAAUAUCUUUGCCUAUGCUUGUGAUUUUUCUCCAAGAGCAGUUGAAUAUGUCAAGCAAAAUCCUUUAUAUGACACAGAAAGAUGCAAGGUAUUCCAGUGUGAUCUGACUAAAGAUGACCUUCUGGAACACAUGCCCCCAGAGUCUGUGGAUGUUGUCAUGUUGAUAUUUGUGCUCUCUGCGGUUCACCCUGAUAAAAUGCGCCUCGUCCUACAAAACAUUUACAAGGUAUUAAAACCAGGCAAAAGUGUCUUGUUUCGCGACUAUGGGCUGUAUGAUCAUGCCAUGCUUAGGUUUAAAGCCGGCAGCAAACUUGCAGAAAACUUUUAUGUUAGACAAGAUGGAACCAGAUCGUAUUUUUUCACUGAUGAAUUCCUGGCACGGCUCUUUAUGGACACAGGUUACGAAGAAGAGGUGAACGAGUAUGUGUUUCGCGAGACGGUGAAUAAAAAAGAAGGCCUGUGUGUGCCGAGGGUUUUCCUUCAGAGCAAGUUCCGAAAGUCUCUGAAGAACCCAACUCCUGUGACCCCGCGCCUGGGCCACGAGUCCUGACCUUUCAUGAGGUUGAUGUCUGUGCCUCCCCUUGAAGAGGAAAGUUUAAAGUCACUCUUUUUAUUUUGUGUACUUUUAUAGUUUAACUUUUUAAAAUGAAUAUAUAUACUUUUAAUAUUAAAAGGUAGCAAGUGUGUGUGUGUUACAGAAUUGUAAAUAAAAUUGCAAGACCUGAAGAGGAAAGUUUUAUGGCAUAAAGUGAUUUAGCCAUGUUGUCUGAGAUUCCACAGAGGAAAGCACGAGGGCCUUGUAGCACUUAAAGAGACCUGUGUCAUUCAUUACUCCUGAAGUCUGUCAAUGUGUCUCUAGGCAGCAUGUCAGACAACACUGUGGGAAAAUGAGGCCAAAUAGACUAAAAUAACACAUCCCUGUGUAUUUUUAGCUUGAAGGAUUGUUCUCUUCUUUCUCCAGUGUCUCAUGUUUGCCCAUUUCCCUCUACUUUGGUUCAUUUAUGUGCCUCCUCAGGACCAGUGUC